AUGAGGGUCUCCGGUGCUGUGUUCCCCACACCCCGUAAUCCUUUCCCCAUUCCCGUCCCUCCCUACCACGGCCAACAGGUUGCUAGAACGAGUCAGCUACCUUUGGCAGCCUGGAAUGUUCGUUCACUUUUAGACAAUCCGAGGAGCAGUCGGCCGAAACGAAGGACGGCGUCAGUCGUGCGAGAAAUGACGCUCUACAAAGUGGGAAACGCUGCUUUCAGCGGGAUCCGCUUCUCCGAGCAGGGCCGGCUGGAGGAGGUAGUUGUCCGCUACACCGUGUUUUGGGACGGUCGCCCAAAGGCAGAGCGAUGCGACGCAGGCGUCGCCUUUGCCAUUCGUAACAACAUCGUUGGACGAUUGCUCUGUUUACUGCAGGGCGUCAGCGACCGACACAUGAGCUUGCGCCUGCCUCCUCGGGGAGCCAAAUCCGCUACCGUCGUCAGUAUUUACACCACUUCCCUCCCCAAUGACCAGCUCCAAGAAGGCGAAGGUCAAGUUCUGUGA